AUGACUAUUCGACUUUGCGCCAAACUAAAGGAGCUGUAUAUCAGUGGCUUAAUAGAUAUGGAUGAUGAAACAUUCACUCACAUUGUUUCCGGCAUCCCUCUACUCCGUGUUCUCGACAUCAGUUAUUGCACAAUGUUAACAAGAGAAGGGCUAAGUGCUCUAUGUAUGCUGACGAACCUGGAUCAUCUUUGCGUCAAUGGAAUAUAUGAAUUCGACGCCGAUUUAUCGAAAUCGCUCCUUAAAUCGCGGCCCAGUUGCACAGUAGAAGCUAUAUACACUAAAUCUACAAUGAGCGAUGCUGAGCGGCGCGAUGGGCAAGUAGUUCUUUUUUUUCGUUCUGAUUCGAUCAGAAAUGAUGACGUUACUUUUGACAACAACGAGAACAGUAAUAAUGAUAACAGUUUGCUGUUGCUGAAAAACGGUAGUGGAACGAAAAGAUGA